GGAAAGGUCAAUAUUUGACAAAUGGCCGCUAUCUGUCAGUUUUGUGCGGAAUAAACACCACGGACGUUUAUUUAUUUUUAAAAUAAUAAUGGAUGAAAUUUGCCGAUUAUGUUGUUCUACAAAGUUUGUUAAUAAUGAUAUAUUUGACGAAGAAAAUGCGUUGUACCUAAAAAUGUCUUUAUAUUUGCCAAUAAAGGUUUUUAAAAACGACCGGCUCCCCAGAAAAGUCUGCGACAAGUGCAGUUGCAAAGUGAACGACUUCUAUCAGUUUUGUAAUGAGACUAUCGAGGUUCAAAAUAGGUUGCGUAGUUUAUUCCUCUCUUCGGAAGCCUGCAUUAAUGCAUCAAUUGAUCUCACACUCGUCAAGCACAGCGCGUCGCCCCCUCCCAGCCAACCCGUGCAAUGCGAGCGCAGCACGCAGACAGAUGAGCCGGGGGCACCUCCUGCCUGUGAAGUCACCGUGCAAGUCAAACAUGAACCAGAUUCGGUUUCAUUAUCACCCGUCAAGAAAGAAGAAGAUAAUUAUUACCACAUAGAUUCUGAUCACUUUGAUGAUGGCUCCUCAGGUAGUGAUGAUAUAUCUUUAAUUAGUCUAAAAAAGAAAAAGAGUAAAGGAUCAACUUUGAAUGGGGUCCAUGCAACUGAUAAAAAGGCAAGAAAGAAAGCAGCCAAUAUGAAAGAAUGGGGAGAGCUGAUGGAGUCUCUGCCUGAUGCAACCCUCACAGUGGUGGAGAGCGGUGAGCCCGGGAUGCCACUAGACAGCAUCAAGGAGGAGAUGCUGGCUGAGAAGCCACAGGACGUGUUCCACUGCUGCACGUGUUUCACACAGUGCUACAGCAGGGCUGAGAUGGUGCAGCACUACAGGCAGCACGCGGCGGAGGCGUCGGCCGAGGCGCCGCCCGCCGCGCCGCCGCCGCCCGACACCGACCCGCUGCGCUGUCCGCGCUGUCGGAAGAAGGUGUCUCGCGGCGAGUGGGCGGCGCACUGGGCGCGGCACUGGGAGCGCGACCGCCGCCCCUACUCCUGCGCGCUCUGCGAGAAGACCUUCCGCGACCCGCACCAGAUAUUCAAGCACGGCACGACGCACAAGCUGGAGGCGGGCGGCGCGGCGGAGCCCGUCAACAAGCGCUUCGUGUGCGACCUGUGUCCCGAGGCCUUCGUCUACAUGCGCUACCUGCAGGCGCACCGCACGCGCGCGCACCCGGAGGCGGCGGGGCGGGCACUGGCGCUGCGCUGCGGGCUGUGCGCGCGCGGCUUCGCGCACAUCAACUCGCUGCGGCGCCACCUGCGCGCGCACUCGGGCGAGCGCAACUUCCUGUGCAGCGUGUGCGGCAAGGCGCUGUCGUCGCGCGAGCACCUCAAGUUCCACGUGCGCAUCCACACGGGCUACAAGCCCAACGUGUGCGCCGUGUGCGGCAAGGGCUUCGUCAAGAAGUGCAACCUCACGCUGCACGAGCGCGUGCACUCGGGCGAGAAGCCGCACGUGUGCGCGCACUGCGGCAAGGCCUUCAGCCAGCGCUCCACGCUCGUCAUCCACGAGCGCUACCACAGCGGCGCGCGGCCCUACGUGUGCGGGCUCUGCGGCCGCGGCUUCGUCGCCAAGGGGCUGCUCUCCAUGCAUCUCAAGACCACCUGCAUCUAGCGGAGCACAACGGUAACGACGCAUUCUUGUUCUUUACUGAAGCCAUAUCAAUCGUAUUCACGUAAUUAUAUUGUAAAGGCUACAUGUUAUUCAGCAACGAAAAGAAUUUUAAUUCAAGCCGUGCUUGACACUGCGAUUAGUAUAAGAAACAGCAUGUAAUGUACAGAAUAACUUUUGAAAAAAAUCUGAUUUAUUUCUUUUUUAAUAUUUGAAACUGCAGUUAAGUUUGAAAAUUGUAAUAUGUACCGGUUUGUUCCAGGCAAACGCCACGCUCCCCGGGCUGAGCACAUACAGACUGAUGUACUAGAUAAUAUAUACUGCCGCGUGACGUCACGCGCACAGGUAAACCUACCACUACAUACGGGAACACUACACUACUACACUUCUGUUAUACAUGUAUUCAAAAGUUGGGACUUGCAGUUGCCAUACCAAUAUUUACCGGUAUUUGUAACAAGAUCCUAUAGGUUUUAAUUUUUAAUACUGUGGGCCCCUAACGGACCAUCAAAGAAACUUUCAGUUAAAUAAUAUUGCAUAAUUUAGUAAUUGUGUACAAUAACAUGUACAUUUGUACAUAGUUCCCCAAUAUUCCGCAAGUACCGCGUGGCGCUGUCUCGUGGACACUAGUGAUUCUUCACUCACUGUUACAGUAACGUACCUCGCAUUUAUCACUAAUGUAGACCAUUAAGUUCUGGCGUUAUUCAUUAACAUUGCGAUAAAAACAUCACAAAUAAUAACAUGAGUAGCGGUUUCCUCCGCAAAUGUAUUGAAAAAACACCCACAUUAUUAUGUAAGUUUAGUUCCAUUGUAAUAUACCUGAUUGUAUUUAUUUCACUUGUAAAGUUAAUAAAUUGUUUUUAAAGCAUAAUUUAAUCACAAAAAGUUACUAACCAACCAACUUCAAAAAACCGGCCAAGUGCGAGUCGGACUCGUGCACGAAGGGUUCCGUAAAUUACAGUUAAA